UGUCAUGGCCGGCAGGUGCCCGGACACCUGGGCCGGCGCCGCCCGGCUCCUGCUCCUGCUGCUGGGCCCCACACUCCCCUUCCCCCUCCAGCUGCCCCCCAGCCCCCUGGAGGUGUUGCUGGGGGGGAACCUCUCGAUCCCCCUCUCCUACCCCCCGGCCCAGCCGCCCCCCAGAAUCGUCUGGCAGAGGAACCUCACGGCGCUGGCAGAUGGACGCCUGGGUCCCAACGGCUCGGUGGCCGUGGCCCCGGCCUACCAGGACCGGCUCAGCGUGGACCCCCAAGGGGGGACGCUCACCAUCGCCCCCGUGGCCCUGCAGGACGCCGGCCCCUACACAGUCGAGGUCUUCCCGCUGGGGGGCCAGGUGUGGAGGGGGGACAUCCAGGUGGAGGUGUACGAGCUGGUAGGGAACGUCUCUGUGAUGCCCCCGUCACUGGCGGUGAACGAAGGCACCGGGUCGGCGGCUCUCACUUGCGCCCCCGUGCGGGGCACCGUCACCUGGACCAAGGACGGGCAAAGCCUGGACCAGAACCCCCGGUACCGGCUCUCGGCUGGGACCCUCCAGAUCAGCCGGCCCGACCGGAACGACAGCGGCACCUACAACUGUACCGUGUCCAACCCAUUCAGCACAGGCACCGGCACCGCCCAGAUCCGGGUCUAUUACGGGCCGGAGCCCCCCACGAUCAGCGUCUCGUCGGACCGUGACCCGGAUCCCCGGCGCUACGUCCGGGUGAACAGCACGGUGGGGCUGGGCUGCCGGGCCCCGUCGGACCCCCCCGCCCAGAUCUACUGGAGCCUGGCCGACGCCAGCGACCCCCUGGUCCCGGCCCAGCCGGACCUGACGCUGCCCCGGGUGCAGCUCAGCCAGGCUGGACUCUACUCCUGCCUCGCCAGCAACCCGCAAACCCAGCGCCAGCUCCGCGCCACCCUGAUCCUCACCGUCACCCAGAUCCCCCCCGGAUCCCCCUUCUGCUCCCUGGACUCAGUGGCCAAUGGCACAGCCCUUCGCUUCCUGUGCUCCUGGCCGGGGGGCUCCCCGGCUCCCAGCCUGAGUCUGCAGGGGCUGCCGGGGGGUGGGGAGCAAGGGGUUGGCCCCACCCUUGAGCGGACCCUGAGCUCCCCUCCGCCUGCCCUCAAUGGUACCCGGGUCACCUGCCUGGGGAGACACCUCGCCGCAGAGGGGAACUGCAGCAUGACACCCGAAGCCCCCUCGGGGGUCUCUCUCUCAUUCCAGGCCUCCCUGGACCCUGGGGGCACCGUCCUGCUGGAUCUGCAGUGCCAGGGCACCUACCGUCCCGUGGAAAUCGCCUGGGCGUGGGACGGGGCGCCGCUGGGUCCAGGCGGGCGGUACCGGGUCAGCGCCGACGGGGCCCGACUCACCAUCAGCAACUUCACGGCCCCGCAGGACCUGGGGGGCUACUCGGUGCGGUGCCAAAACCCGCUGGGCUCGCAGGAGAGUAACCUCACGCUGACGGGGCCGUCUGUCUCCAGCUGGAGCCUGGUGCGUGGGUCGGAGCCCGGCUCGGCCCGGCUGAGCUGGGCGGUACCAGAGGGCUCCGUGGUCACUGGGUUCUUGAUCCAGGUCCCGGGUUCCCCCGGGGGCCGGGCGGCUGGGGAGUGGCAGACGCUGCAGACGCUAGGGGGCGCCACUCGCUCCAGCACCGUGGGCGGGCUCCAGCCCCACACCCCCUAUUCCUUCCGGCUGCUGCCCCUGCUGGGUGCCCAGGCUGGGGAGCCCAGCCACACACAGACGCUCCUGCCAGCCUCUACCCUGAGCCCCGGCGCCAUCGCGGGCAUCGUGUUGGGCUCGAUCCUGGGCAUGAUCCUGCUCCUUGCCCUCCUCGUUCUGCUGAUCUGGUUCCUCCGGGCGCGAUGGGGAAAGAGGGAGAAGAUGCCCCUGACCCCGCCUGGGACCCGCCAGCAUUACCUUCCCCGUCAGUUCCCGAACGGGAGAGAAUCCGACCCCGUAGAGCCCCCGGCCCACCCCUCCCGGGCGUCUUCGCGCUGCUUCUGGGGGGAUGGCGACGUGUCCUCCAUCAGCUACGAGGAGCAUCUGCGCAUCCAUGGCCCCCCCGCCCCCUGGCCUGGGCUUCCUGGAGACAGCAGAAGCCCCGGGCUCCCAUCUCUGGCCAGCUGGCAGGGCCCCAGGACAGCGCGCAGUGCCACGCGGGUGUGACUGGCACGGGAGAGCCAGCGUGGGAGCCAGGCGUCCGGGAGAGCCUUAUAGGGGACUGAGUGCCAGCAAUGAACCCAGGUGUCCGGGAGGCAUCGAUAGAAUGGACUGAGCCUGUAUAGGACGAGGCUCUCUGGAGCCCCCCUGAGUGCCCCUGGCCCUGUGCUGGCCCCGCAACCUCCCCAGCACUGACUAUGGGACUAGGAGGGGUCCUGGCCAGGAGGGGGCGGGACUUCCUGUCUUUCUUGGUGUGCUUGGGGAGAGGGUGGGACUUCCUGUUUUUGCAAAUUAUCUCAGGUUAUACAUGGCUCUGAUUAGAUCUCUGGAGAGAGAGAGAAUUACGUCUGUCUGUGCCUGCAUCCCCCAACCCCAUCCACACCCCUUGGUCCACCCAUCCUUCCAUCCAUCUCUGUCCACAUCCAUCCAUCCUCAUACACAACCCUCUACCUUUCCAUCCAGCCAUCCAUCCUUCCUUCCUUCCCUCCAUCCAUCCAUCUCCGUUCACAUCCAUCCAUCCCCAUUCACAUCCAUCCAUCCCCAUACACAGCCCUCUAUCCUUCCAUCCAUCCACAUUCAUCCUUCCUUUCUUCCUCCCUCCAUCCAUCCAUUCAUCCAUCUCCAUCCACAUCCAUCCCCAUACACAGCCCUCUAUCCUUCCAUCCGUCCACAUUCAUCCUUCCAUCCAUCCCUCCAUCCUUCCUUCGAUCCAUCUCCAUCUCCAUCCUUCUCUCCAUCCAUCCUUCCAUCUCCAUCGAUCCAUCCUCCCCCCACCUGUUACACGGUUGAAGAUGCCUGGUUUGGCUGACUGGGGGCGGGGUGGUGAAAGGAAGGACGGGAGAUUGGCAGCGGGUGUUUUGGCAGAAGGUGCCACUGUUACAGGUAACAGAGAGUCCUGUGGCAUCUUUAAGACUAACAGAUGUAUUGGAGCAUAAGCAUAAACUGUUACAGAUGUUGAUCUAUUUUGUGCGUAACAGUGAUUUAUAUUUUCAAUAA